CUAUCCACAUAGACCUGAUUGUAGGACUGAGGUAUUUACUUUUUUUAUUCUCAUCUGCAAAUGCAUUCUUAUUUCACACAUUUCAAUCCCCUCUCCAAUACUAAAGUACAAUUGAUGUCAGAACACCACACUUUAGAUUCAAACAAACAGCUACAUCAGCAUGUGGAACUCUAAUAUUAGCAAAGUUUAUUUUCCUUUUUUGCUUGGGUUUGGCAUAAAAAGAGUUAAUGCAUAAGAGCCAUCUUCUCUAGGAAGCUCUUGAGUUGUGCCAUUAUCCCUGCAUGCAAGUAGAAAAUUCAGAAAACAGCCCUACAUCCUUCCCCCUAGAGAACAUGGAACAACCAGACUUUCUGCAGAGAGAGAACUGGAGUGAUUCUGCUAGGAUCACCGUUAUUCUGUGUUUAUUCACACAUUAAAGCUGUCUGCAGUAGUUUGGUUUAACAGGACAAGCAAGGCUGGCUCAGGAUCACUUUUCUGAAUGAUUAAGGGCAGAGUGUAUCUGGGGUGCAGAAGAACAGAAAUUCAUGAAAGAGACAUUAAGAAUUUCAACAGUCUCCCAGGGACUCAUCUUGAGAGAAAAGAAAAAAAACAACAACAAAAAAGCCCUACAACAUGUAAGUCAGAAAAUGGCUUAGUCAAGCAGGAUCAUGGGAACAGCUUAAAAGAAACUAGUUCCUUUUCCUGGCAGUGUUGCCACUUCUCAAGAGAUUCUCUCUCAAAAUGUUGGCUAGUCCCCAGUGCUUCAGGCUGGAGAACAGGCGCUUACUAAGCCGAUCACAUUGAGGAGAUGUUUCUGUUGGUGGCAGUAGCAGAAGUGCUGUUUGUUCUGGGUUUGGCGUGGAAGUCAGAUUCUCUUUGUUCACCCACUACUUUUUACAAAAACUGCUGGAUCCGACGCUUCCCGGGUCUUCUGAUUGAUCUGGAGGAAUCUCAGAAGAGGGGAGCCCAGGUGCUGAAGAUUUACACAGAAGUCACAGCUGAGCAAUGCAGCCGGACCUGCUGCCUUCUGAAGAAUGUUUCCUGUAACCUGGCAGUUUUCUACUUUGAAACUAUCCAUGAGAACAUUAAUUGCCUGCACAUUUAUUGUCCAGCCUUGGAAAGCUGCAUAUUGAGGGCUAGAACCAAUGUCAUUUUGUACAACAUCACAACAGGAAUUGAUCCGGAUCUUCUUGUUUUUGAAAAAUUGUCUAAGGAUCCAAAUACCCGUUCCUCUUUUAACAAAUGGGAAAGGCAAAACAGCUCCAGGACUGCUGAUUCAGAAAAAUGCCGACACAAUAAUGUCACACUGAGGUCUCUUCUACUCCAGUAUCCACCUUCUACCACUAGCCAGGGCUUGGUAGCAAAUGGUAGUCAUAGCCACAGUACAAGUGGCUUGAUCCCAAAUACCAAACCAAUCACACGUUCAUGGGCAAGGUCUCUACCCUUGGAUGACCAUUUUGCUAAGGAGAUGGAAUUGACUUCAGAAAGUACAGGUUUGACAUCUAAUUCAGACAAAAAGAUGUCUGUAUCCACUAAGAUGUUAUCUCAUGUGCCCAGUCCUGCUCGCCUAAACAUCAGUCAGCAGCACUUCAAUGAAACCAAAGGAUACAGUGGCAGGAACUACACUUCAGAUAAUGAGGGUCAAAGACCUGCUUGGGUGGCAGUGGAUACAGGUGCCUGGUUUGUCCCUUUGGUGCUUUGCUCUUCUUUCAUCUUCCUUUGCUGUUGUACUGUUCUUCUGGCAGCUGGGCGCUGCAGAAAGAGGAGAGGUCACUAUAAACCAGUGCAGAGAGGAGAGGGAGGGUCCAAGCAGUACAUAAAAUAUACUCUUGUAAAGGAUAGUUUGUAAUAGCAGAUACUGAAAAAGUAAUAAGGAGCUAAAUAACCUGCAUCACUCAUGUUGGUGGAGAAAGAGGCAGCAGCCGUAUUUAGUGAAAUACCUCUCUCAGCUUAUUUCUUGGGGGUUUCCCUUUGGAGAUUUUGAACUAUUUUUGGUGAAUGUCUCAGCAGCUUUUGAUAACAGUGUCGACUAAACGUCCUGUUAUAAUUCUCUUUUUACUACCCACUGAUCCAAAGAGAUAUAGGGCCAAAUUCUAGUCACAGCUACGUGCUCACAACUUCCACUGAACUCAGAGGUAUUUCUACAUACCUUUGUUUAUAAUUUGAUCAAGAGUAAAGCUAGAAUCCUUUUCUAACCUCUCUGUAGAGACAAUGGGCUUGAUUCUCCACUUCCUCUGGGUGUACUCUUCCCUGUCUUACUUUGUAUAAUGUAAAGCAAAUGUAAAAUGCAACCAUAUCAGAAAAGCAGCAUUUUACACUUACGUUGCCUAAGUUUUUAUGGAAACAAAAGGUGCAAGGUUAUGGAGAAACAGACCUAGUUACUUUUAGAUCAUUAAUAUCCUGAACAACAUCCAUACCUUUAAAACAGUGGAAAUUUAGAGUUUGAAAACACGCAGUUGUCUGCUUAACCAUCCAGAACAGGAUUGUUCCUACUGUGUUUUUAAAAUUAUUCUGGUGAUGGGACUUCCACAAUCUUUUAGGUCUUAUUAUUAGGAAAUGUACUUUAAUAUUUAGCCUAUAUUUUCCUUUGCCUGUUGCAGCAUUCUCAAUUGCCAGUUCCCUUCUAGGCAUCUCUAGCACCAUGCUCUCCGGCCCCACUCCCAUCCUAGAUGCCAACCCUUCUUUCACCUCCUCCCAAGCCAAUAGUCCUUCAAGCUGGUAACGCUCUCCUAUAUCCUACAAAUGUCAAACACCCCAAAGUCCCUCCUCCCCCACAAGAAAAUUGACUGAGUCUCUUGAAUAGUAAAACAUACAUUUAACUUUUAAUCGUCUCUGGGCUACUGUUUCCAUUAAAAGGGCCUCUACUUCUGUUCUCAAAGUAAAUCCCAGAGGUUGGAUCUUUUGCCUUUCCCCUGGCAAAAUGAGGAUGAGAUGUUUUAGCCAGACAUUUGUCAUUUUCCAUGAAACACUGCCCUCUUGCAUCACCUCACACACAUAUUUCUUGUCCUUAUCUGUGUGACCGGGAUCCCAUUGCGGGUCAGCUGUGGUCACUCAAAUAGGGUGAACUGCACAGAAUGGGGCAGACAAUCUCCCCAAAGCUGGUGGAUAUUGUAGUACUUAGCAUAAAACAGCUUCUUUAUUACCUCACUGAUUAUUCAGAAGUCCAAAAAACACAGUUCCCUUAAGCAGGGGUUCCCAAACUUGGUUCACGGCUUGUUUAGGGUAAGCCCCUGGCAGGCC